UGCUUUUUAGUUUUUUCCCAGCAAAAAGAGUGAAAAAGAGAAAAUCUUUGGUCCAAACCAAAAGAAACGUUCCCUUUUUUUAAUUUGUCUCUUUGCUUUAAUAAUUUCCUUCUCACCGAAACACACACCACAACCAAUUCUCUUCUCCUUCUUCCUCUUUCACAAAUUCGUCAUCUGGGUAUUCUUAAAUUUCUCACAAAUUCAUUUACUUUUUUGUUCUGUUCCGAGAUUUCAAGGUUCACUAUCGAUUCUGAAACUCUUGGAACAAUCCAGAUUCUUGGUUAGCAGGUGGGGAAGCAUUAAUCAUGUAUUUAUGAUACACUGCUCCAUUAUUAUUACGAGAGAGUUGAAAGUUUCCUUUUUGACUCGUUUUUAAAGGCAAGGAAGAAGAAAGACUUUGUUUUUAAAAUGCCAAUGUUUCAGCCUUCUAAGAACGGUGGGUUUGAUGGGCAUAUCUUAGAUCUACACUCGGCGGUUAAAGACGGUGUUCUUGGCGGCGGAGAUGGGAAAUUUCUGGUGGUUGUUACCGAUGAGAAGAAGAAAUUGGAUUUGAAGGAGAUGAUUUCUGAGCUGGAAUUACCUGAAAUACCCUCUGUUUUCAUCUGUCCUAUCUCUCUAGAGCCGAUGCAAGAUCCAGUGACCUUGUGUACUGGUCAAACCUACGAGAGGUCCAACAUUCUCAAAUGGUUCAAUAUAGGGCAUUGUACUUGCCCAACGACGAUGCAAGAGCUUUGGGAUGAUUUGGUCACUCCUAACAAGACUCUUCACCAAUUGAUCUACACUUGGUUUUCACAGAAGUAUGUUUUGAUGAAGAAACGAUCUGAAGAUGUGCAAGGACGUGCUAUUGAGAUUCUGGGUACGUUGAGAAAGGCUAAAGGGAAAGCAAAGGUUCAUGCUUUAAGCGAGCUUAAGCAAGUUGUGAUGGCUCACGCUAUUGCUAAGAAGACUGUUGUUGAUGAAGGUGGAGUCUUUGUGAUCUCUUCUCUUUUAAGUCCUUUUACUUCUCACGCUGUUGGAUCUGAGGCUAUAGCUAUUCUUGUUAAUCUUGAGCUUGACUCUGAUUCCAAAGCUGGAUUGAUGCAACCAGCUAGGGUCUCGUUGAUGGUUGAUAUGUUGAAUGAUGGUUCGAUUGAAACUAAGAUCAAUUGUGCUAGAUUGAUUGGAAGGUUGGUGGAGGAGAAAGGUUUUAGAGCAGAGCUUGUUUCUAGUCAUAGUUUGCUUGUUGGAUUAAUGAGAUUGGUUAAAGAUAGGAGACGAAGAAACGGCGUUUCGCCUGCGUUAACGCUGCUCAAAUCGGUUUCUGUUCAUAAACAAGUUAGGAACUUGUUGGUUAGGAUUGGUGCAGUUCCUCAAUUGGUUGAUGUUUUGCCAUGUUUGGAUGUGGAGUGUUUAGAGUCAGCUCUUUUCGUGUUGGAUUCGUUAUGUUUAGAAAGCGAAGGCAGAAUUGCUUUGAAAGAUUCGGUUAACACGAUUCCGCAUACCGUUAGGUUACUGAUGAAGGUAUCAGAGAAAUGCACAAACUAUGCGAUAUCGAUUCUUUGGUCAGUUUGCAAAUUAGCUUCUGAAGAAUGUUCAUCUCUUGCUGUUGAAGUUGGUUUGGCUGCAAAGCUUUUGCUUGUGAUACAAAGUGGAUGUGAUCCAGCUUUGAAGCAACGUUCAGCUGAGCUAUUGAAGUUAUGUAGUCUACAUUAUUCAGACUCAAUGUUUAUCUCCAAAUGUAAACUCACAAGAACUAUCCAAUAAAAGACUGAUCAAGUUUUCACCUUUCGGGUCAAAAUCACACAACGGAUCUGCCCCAUCUUGUUGAUGUAUAUAGAAAUGAAGAAGCUCAAGGAGUAUGAGAGUAAGAAACGAGUUUCGAUGUGUUGAAUUCUAUUUUGCAAUGUUAUUUGAAUAAUAAUAGUUAAGUAGAAGUAAACUGUAUAAAUCUUUUUGUUGUGGUUGGUUCAUUAUUCAGUAGAAGAAUAGAUUGAAGAAAGGAAUCAUUUUUUUGGCCUCUUGUAAGUUACUAGCUGUUUGUGAGUCAUAAUAAUUGGAGAAAUUAUUGAUCUAUGAAUCGUUUUAUUUGACACUCUUAUAACCCUUAGUGAUUCUUGAUAGAACAGUAGGAUUAGAAAACAGAUAUGGGUGGGUUUCAGAUUUGUGGAGGGGAAUAAAAGUCUUAUUUUUUGAACAUGCAUUGGUCUGAUUUGUAUGCACUGUGUAAAUGAAUGAACAAUUGAAAAGAAAGGAUGAUUUGACUUAUGAAUCGUUUCAACAGUUCACUGUUUGUUUAUCUCUGUUUUUUAUUUAAUUGGCUAUGAGAAUCUGAACAUAUCUCUUGGAAACAUUGUAUCAGUGAGUGUGAUGUCACUGAU